AUGUACUUCUCCAAGAUCGCCGCCCUCGCCGCUGCCACCAUGGCCAGCACUGUCGUCGCAGACAACUGUUUCGCUGGGUACGCGUACUGCAGUGGCAACCUCCUUACGCAAGGAGACUACGCCUCAACCAUUUACCAAACCCUCGACUCCGCCGGUCAGCCAACCGACGCCAACGCUCAGGCCAAAGCCCUGUUCAACUGCGUUAACAACGGGGCUAUUCAGUUCAUUAGGCUGUGCGAGGGCAACUGUGUCAACGAGCCUUUUGGCAGCCAGGUCAGUGACCACUGCUAG